AUACUUUGUGGCAGGCAUAGUACCAAGAAAUUCUCAUACAUUGCCUCUAAUCUUUAAAAUAACUCACCAAGAUAGAUAUAGAUAGGAUGGGACAGAAAUUCAGGAAGGUUAAGCAGCUUGUCAGAGGUUGCACAGCUAGUAAAAGGCAGAGACAAGAUUUUAGCAUAGAUAUCUCUAGCUCCAAAACCUGUCUUCCUCUGGGCCAUCUCCAUCAUUGCACAGGACACCAACUACACUGGAGUAAACCACAGAACCACCAAUGUCCCAAGUCAUUUGCAAAGGCAUUUUCCAGUGGCUAUCUAAUUGGAGAAGUUUUGCACAAGUUUGCACUUCAGGAUGAUUUUGCAGACUUUUCAGAAAGCAGGAUUUCAAGUGCCAAACUUAACAAUUUUUCUCGCUUGGAGCCCACCCUUCACCUUUUGGGUGUGCAAUUUGAUCAGAAUGUGGCCCACAAUAUCAUCACAGAGAAGCCUGGGGCUGCCACGAAACUCUUAUAUCAGCUGUACAUUGCUCUCCAGAGGAAAAAGAAAGGUGUUCAGACUGGAGUGGAAAUGCCAACCGUACAGCCCCUGAUGAGCACAAAAGUUCAAAACAUGAAAAGCGAGGCUUUUAGAGAUCAACGCUUGAGCAGAAGACGACAAAAUGAAAUCAUGGCCAAAAUCCAAGCAGCUAUCAUACAGAUUCCUAAACCCACAUCAGAUCAUACUCUGAAAACACUUGACACCCAAAAAUUAAUGAAAAAGAAAAAAGAGGCAGAGGAUGUGGCCAAUGAAAUUAAGAAGUUUGAAGCAUUAAUAAAAAAGGAUCUCCAGGCAAAAGAAAGUGCAUCCAAGACGUCUCUAGAUACAGCAGGCCAGACAACCACCGAUUUGUUAAACACUUAUUCAGAUGAUGACUACAUUAAAAAAAUCCAAAAGCGCCUUGAAGAAGAUGCUUUUGCACGAGAGCAAAGGGAGAAAAGACGGCGGCGACUCUUAAUGGAUCAGUUAAUAGCUCAUGAAGCCCAAGAGGAGGCUUAUCGGGAGGAGCAGUUGAUCAACCGGCUGAUGCGACAGUCCCAGCAGGAGCGCAGGAUCGCUGUGCAGCUCAUGCACGUUCGGCACGAAAAGGAAGUUUUAUGGCAAAACAGAAUUUUCAGAGAAAAGCAAUAUGAGGAAAGACGGCUUAAAGACCUCCAGGAUGCUCUUGAUCGAGAAGCGGCUUUAGCCAGACAAGCCAAGAUUGAUUUUGAAGAACAAGCCCUCAGAGAUAAGGAAAUUCAUGAGCAGAUUGCCAUAGAAAGAGCUCAAGCUCGUUACAAAAAGCAUUACUCAAUAUGUGCAGAAAUUUUGGAUCAAAUACUUGAUUUGUCCACUAAGGUGGCAGACUAUCGAUUGUUGACAAAUAACCUGAUCCCAUAUAAGUUGAUGCAUGAUUGGAAGGAGCUGUUUUUUCAUGGAAAACCCAUAUAUGAGCAAGCCUCUCUUAGACAUUUACCAACUAAGCUCUCUGCAGAACACCUUGUAGAACUGGAGAAAAGAAAUUUGCUAGAUAACAAUGAUUAUGAAGAAUAUAAGGUACCUAUCAAUGUGGAAUAA